AUAUCUGCGUACCUUACAAGUUACACGUGUGCUAAAUUUUUACGGCUGAAGCUAUAUAAGGGGAUCAACUUGACCGUCUGCAUUCAGUUCCAAAGUCAUUACCAAUGGGUCAACAUCCUUUAGCUUUGUUAUUCUUUGCGUCAAGCAUCAUUGCAAUUUUCGGACAAAAAUUGGGAGAUUGUCCUGAUAGGAACAGUUUAAAACAUUGCGGGUAUACGUGCUUUCAAGAUGCCCACUGUAGGGGCGAUGCCAAAUGUUGCAAAAAUGAGUGUGGUGGUUUUGUGUGUGUUCCACCAGUAAUAGCUGUAGUGAGUAAGCCGGUCGAACCGGAGCCAAUAAUGCCAUCACAACCAGAGUCACCCCCCGUUGUGCAGCCUGUCGCAGAUACACAUCGAGGCAGCGGUAAGACAGGAACCUGUCCAUCCACCCCUACAGGUCCGUGGGUUUGCACGAGUGUCUGCAGUAACGAUAGCCAUUGUCCGGGUUCCAGAAAAUGUUGCAAAAAUCGUUGCGGCGCGUUCACUUGUACUAAUCCUAUCCGAUAAUACAACUUGAAAUUACAGUGUUACUGGUGAGCCCAUGUGGGCAACCAAGUACUAUUUUCCAAUACGAUGAUGGACUCUUACUUUCGCUUCAGUUAUUAAGUGAUUAUUAGGUACAAUAUUCCGUGCAUAAAUAGCUACAUAUUAAAUAAAUCGUAAACAUUUAUAUGUAAAUAUUUUCCUCUUACAACAUUUAAAACUAUGCAUAUUUAAUUAAGAAUUAUGAUCAAAAACGUGAAAUUAGUAGAAAUAUUGGUUGAAAAUUGGAGUUACUUCUAAUUAAAGUAUAUAUUAAUUAGGCGACCGUAACAACGGGUGUCAAACUUCAAGGAUGUAAGCAUGGUAAAUCGAUGCAUAGGUACACUUAUAUUUUUGUUUAGAAAUAGCAAGGUUUUUUCGUAAAUAUGAAGCCUAAUAAGGAUGGUAUUGUACUGGAUUGUAAAUAUGCGUACUUGGACUUACAUGCACUUCCACUUUUGUUACACAGUCACAAAGAUACCCCUUCAGCGGAGAAUGCAAGUAUUUAUAAAGGCCAUGCAUGUCUGGCCAGUAAUCCAGAAAUGGGUAACUUAGUGUACCUUUGAUCUACGUAUUAGAUAUGUUGCUACGUAAACAUGAAAACACUGCGAACACGGAUAGAUCAUGUAAUUAUAAUAAUAAUUGCGCAUUUUAAACGUAAGGGGCUUCCCAUGGAUUGAUUACAUAAGGAUGUUGAGGAGGUAUAUUGUUGUAGGUACUAGGAUGUAAAUGUGUAAAUGAGAAAAGCAAACAAUAAAAUAGUAAGUAGUUUA